AUGAACAAUAUCUUUUUCUUUUUAGUUGUGGUUGCAAUUUGCGAUUCGUCGUUGCCAUACUGUGUCAAAUUCGAGACACAGGCGGAAACGAAAAAAUUCGAUGCAGCUGAGGCACAUUGCGUAUCACGAGGUGGUCAUCUUCCUUUCUUCAAAGUUGCAGACGAGCUCGCUCUCUUUAAUAACCGCCCAAUAAAAUUCGGAAAAGAGUAUUUGGGAUAUCAUCGAGACUCUAACAAAGUUUGGAAAACAGUGGCCGGAACUGACUUGACAGUAACAAACUGGUACACGAACGAGCCACGAGAUUGGGGUGGACAGAGUGAAAACUGCGUCGACUCAUCCACAGAAUCGUUCAGAAAUCUCACAUGGAACAGCAUUUUGUGCUCGAGAGACCGUCGAUUUCACUGCCGCUUCGAAGCGUCAAUUUUUCCUGAUGCAAGCUGUCCAGAAUCAUUCACAAAAAUAGUUCCCAACCGCGAACCUACCUGCAACGAGGAUGUCAUAGGAGAAACACCGCACUACCAAACGAUUCCCAAUAAUACGAUGAUCGAAACCUCCUCCUGCGAAGCAAUGCGAGAAUCGAAUAAUAUUUACGCCAAUAUUGCUGGAACAGGUUAUGCCGAACGAUUCGAGGGAAGAAUGACCAAAAUUUUCGAAAAACUUGAAACGUCCGCUACAGGAGAGGAUUGCUACGAAGAAAAUGGCUUUGGUCAAGAAGACGAAGAAGCAACUGAUGUCUCUGGUUUCGACGCGAACGACAUGUGUAAACUCAACAAACAAAUCAAUUCAGCAGUUAACAGCUACGCCAGACAUUACGCUUGCGAAGGAAGAGGAAAAGUGUACCGUCAAAUCAUUCGAUCUGCGAAAAAGGUCAAAACAUUUUUCGAAGAACGAUACGGAUGUUAA